CACACACACACACGUCUCCAACAUGCGUCCGGGACUGGCGGGUAUAGCGGUGGAGAUGCUGAGCGGUGCUACCUGCAGAGCCGGGCCGAGGCUCGGCAGCCUCCUGCUGGCCCCGCUCACCAAAACAGUGCUGCCGAUGUCCGGCACCGAGAGCCGCAGGUUCCGCUCCACGUCCUCCAUGCAGGGCUUCUCAGAGAUGGCGAGGGAGAGGUCGAAGACUGUCACGUCGUUUUACAACCAGUCCGCCAUUGACUUCUCCGCAGAAAAGGCCUCAGUGCGACUGACCCUAGCAACCCUGUUGUAUUCUGGGAAGUCUCCUGAUGGACACCACGUCUUGAGCAGUGCCAAGUACCUACACAAGGAGCUGCCUGUACGAAUUGCCCAUCGCAUAAAGGGCUUCCGCAGUUUGCCCUUCAUCAUUGGUUGCAACCCCACCAUUCUGCAAGUGCAUGAACUGUAUAUCAGAGCCUACCACAUGCUCAUUGACUUUCCCCUGAUCAAGGAUCAGGACGUGGAGGCUCGUUUCUGUAAGCUGGUGCAGCAGCUGCUGGACGACCACAAAGACGUGGUCACCAUGUUGGCCCAGGGCUUCAGGGAGUGUCGCAGACACAUGCCGGAUGAGAUGAUCCUGCGCAGCUUCCUGGACACAACGCUGUGCUCUCGACUGGGAAUCCGAAUGUUGGCGACGCACCAUCUCGCCCUCCACGAAGACAACGCUGAUUUUGUCGGGAUGAUCUGCAGACGUCUCUCCCCGAAGAAAAUCAUCGAGAAGUGGGUGGACUUUGCCAGGCGUCUGUGUGAGCACCAGUACGGUAACUCGCCCAGAGUGCGGAUCAACGGACACGUAGCCGCUCGCUUCCCCUUCAUCCCGCUGCCUCUGGACUACAUCCUGCCCGAGCUCCUCAAGAACGCCAUGAGGGCCACCAUGGAGAGCCACCUGGACACGCCGUACAACGUGCCUGAUGUGGUCGUCACCAUUGCCAAUAACGACAUUGAUUUUGUCAUCAGGAUCUCUGACCGUGGUGGCGGCAUACCUCACACUAUAAUAGACAAGGUGAUGGACUACCACUUCAGCACGGCUGAGGAGAGCGCACAGGACCCCCGCAUGAGCAACAACCUCUUCAACAACAUUACCAACAGUGGGAACCAGUCCAACCCCAUGCAUGGGUUUGGUUUCGGCUUGCCCACAUCCAGAGCCUACGCCGAGUACCUGGGGGGCUCCCUGUCCGUACAGUCUAUGCAGGGCAUCGGCACGGACGUCUACCUGCGUCUGCGCCACAUCGACGGCAAAGGAGAGAGCUUCAGAGUGUAACGCUCGUCCUCUUAGAUGCUAACCUAGAACUCCGGCCGUGCAGGAGUGCAGAGGGUCCCCCCCACCAGGAAGGUCUGGACCGCAGGACUUUGGUCCACUAAGUGAUAAACACACGCAGUAUGUUGUCAGCACGCUCCUAAAUUCACCAACUCAUUACUCGUUCUCUUUUUGUUUCGCCUUACACUGAUUAUAAGCUAUGUUAGCUCUCAAGUUGAUGAUUACUUGUUUUUCCUUUUGUGUUUUGUUCCCCGUGGCGUGGCGUGGCGUGGCGUGGCGUGGCGUGGCGUGUUGACGUUUUAAGGGGUGAAUGAACUUUUGAAUGUUUAGAUAAUCGGAGAAGACGUGACGGGAAGAAAAAGAGCUUCAGUUUUAAAGAAGUUCACUUUGGAAGUUACUUGUUGCAAAGCCUCAAAAGUAGAGACGGACGUUCUGAUGAAACUUCUCACACACUCCAGUAACCCCGGCAACGUCUCUGCAGCGGCUCACGUGGUCCGUGACGAGCAAUAUCGUUUCAAAUAGCCGGAUCCUCGCGGCGCUUCAUCAGCUGUGUAACAACAUCGCAGUACAUCUGUCUCAACACGUGCGGCGACGAGCGUCUUUGUUCGGCUGUGUUUUUGUGGAGACGCCAACAGAGAUGUUCAGUUGCCUCAUCGUGCGACACGAGUCCUUCAGCCGCACGCCGACUUUCCUCCUUUUUAGCUUUCCGUUGCCUUCAUCGCACCGCUGCACGUCGCGCCGGCACGUUUGAUUGUUUUUCUUUGCACAGAUCUAGAUUUCUCGCUGUAAUGCUCAACACUUGCACCGAUCAUCGCAGUGUGGACUUCACAUUUCAUGUUCACCUCGUACCAGAGAAGUAUUGUCCGUCUGUGUCCGUCUGUUUCAUCUGAUUCAAGAUUUCUUUCAGUGUUUGUUGAAUGUUAAAGAAAAUGUGUUGAAGUUUUUGUAUGAGAAUUACAUUUGAAGAUGAACGACAGAUCAGGGUGUUUGUGCGUUCUAAGGUCCGUUAUCUCCUGAUCACAGCUCGUCGUGUCGUCACCUCGAGACAGCUAAUCGCCAUAUGUUGUGUUUUUUUAUUCAAUUUCGCCCCUUUUUGAUAAUUUUAGAGAAGUUUAGUUGCUUAUAAAGUUAAAGGUCUCGACGUGCUUUAAACUUUAACGCGUCCACCAACCUGCCGUCAUCCCCUCCGCCGAGCCCUGAUCCCGCUCCAUCUUCAUCGUGUGUUUGCAGCCCGUCGACGCACUUCAUCGUACAAACGGGGCUAACGAUGACAUUACAUCUCAUCGUGUAUCCGAGUCGUUCUUCCCGACCUGCAGGCGUACGAAAUGAACAUACAAACGGAUUAAAAUGUUCAAAACUAGAAUCUCCGGUUAGUUUAUGAGUCGUGUAACUCGGGACUGAAGUCGUCGUAUGUAUGUUGAACAUUCCUCACUGGGCGCCAGAUGUUUCGCGUCAGCAUUACUUAUUAUAUUCGCUUAAACUCUUUUAUCUUUUUAUCAGGAAGGAAAUUGGAAAUCUUGAGCUGAAAGGGUGAAAAAUCUAUGAAUCAGUUUUGUGUUUUUUAUUUUACAGCGUUUGAUUUUCGUCUGAUUAUUGGGUCUGUGAUCGGCCCCGAGUCGUACGACAUUUUAAUUCUGAAGCUCGCAAGCUAAGAGGUUAAAACCACAUUGUUUAAUUUCGCCAAUGGGAUGACAGGACAGUUUUAUGACGACGUUCUGAAAUGUUUUAUAUCUUACAAAUGAAAUAACUGCGUCACUUAGAUUUGCACAAAUGUUCCUCGAGGUUUUCUUUGCGACACUUUUGAACUCCUAAGCGAAACCGUUGUUUCAGUCGUAAAAUACAUCAAAAGAUGAAUUAAUUUGUAUUUAUUUAGACAUUUUAACGAAACUAGAAUAACCCUGUAUAAUAGACGGUCUGCAUUAUGUACCCUGUGUUCUUGCUGAGGCCGUGUUUAUGAAUUCAUGUGUUUUAUUGUGGCUUUGAAGGUUUUUGAAGAUGUAGUAAUACAGUAUGUAGUUUUUGCAUGUAAAGCAAAGUGUGGGGGAGGGAGGGGGGGGGGACACCACAUAGCUGCCAGAGGCUGUUAAACCGGUUAAAGGUUUGUGUCCCUUUAAGACACAUUAAUAGGUAGCCAGCAUCAUUCUGAGGUUUGCUGCUUUUCCCAAGUGUUGCUGGUGUUGCUUGUAAAUGUGUUUUGGCAGCCAGGCUGCAGCACGAGAUGUUCUGCCCCCUGCUGGCCUGCAGAGAGAAGUGCAGGCACACUGAGAAGCGUUACUCUUGGGGAGCGAUAUUAAAUGCAUCAUUUUAGUUUGUCAAGGGGAAGAGGAUGUACGACAUAUAUAAGGUCAUUUCUAUUUCCCAGGUUUCUGAUUUUUGUAAUUUUUGCAGAUAGAGAAUCAACAAAACAAUGAUUUCAACAUAAUGUCCAGUAAGUGUGUUGCCAUGGAGAUGUGUCUCUGACUGAAAUGAGUUUCUCACAUGUUUGUUUGUGUUCAGGAUUCUGUAGACAUUAAAUUUUACUUGGUUGGAACUUGAA